UAUAAAAGUAUCAAAAUGCCGCGUAUUAUGAUCAAAGGAGGUGUAUGGAGAAACACCGAGGAUGAAAUCUUGAAAGCAGCCGUCAUGAAAUACGGCAAAAAUCAAUGGUCCCGAAUUGCUUCGUUAUUACAUCGAAAGUCAGCCAAGCAAUGCAAAGCAAGAUGGUUCGAAUGGCUAGAUCCAAGCAUCAAGAAGACGGAAUGGACUAAAGAAGAGGAGGAGAAAUUAUUACACUUAGCUAAACUAAUGCCGACCCAGUGGAGAACGAUUGCACCCAUUGUUGGUAGAUCAGCUGCCCAAUGUUUAGAGCAUUAUGAAAUGUUACUGGAUAAAGCACAAAUGAAGGAAGACACAGAGGACAAUGAUCCAAGAAAGCUAAGACCUGGUGAAAUUGACCCCAAUCCGGAGAAUAAACCAGCUCGACCCGAUCCUAUUGAUAUGGAUGAAGAUGAAAUUGAAAUGUUAGCUGAAGCUCGUGCGCGUCUUGCCAAUACACAAGGCAAAAAGGCCAAGAGAAAAGCCAGAGAAAAACAAUUGGAAGAAGCUAGGCGUUUAGCAGCACUACAAAAGCGGCGCGAAUUAAGAGCAGCCGGAAUUGAUGUCCGUGAAAAACGUCGAAAGAAACGUCAAGUGGACUAUAAUGCUGAGAUUCCUUUCGAGAAGAAGCCUGCUGCAGGAUUUUACGACACGUCUAGUGAAUCCUACAAAGCGUUUCAACCAGACUUUUCCAAGCUACGACGGCAAAAACUUGACGGACCGACGAGAGAUGAAGUCGAAGAAAGGGAAAGAAAACGUGAUAAGGAUCGUCAGAAGAAACGUAAAGAAAAAGACAUGCCAGGAGCUAUCAUGCAGAUGAAUCGAGAUACUGAUCCCAUGAUAAAGAGAAGUAAAUUAGUACUUCCCGCUCCGCAGGUGUCGGAUGCUGAAUUAGAAGAGAUUGUUAAAAUGGGUUAUACAAGUGAAAAUGUAAAAGCAUCGGCAGAAGAAGGAGGCAAUAUUGCUUCGCAGAAGUUGUUGGCUGAUUAUUCUGUUACUCCAGGAGCUGGUGGUGCUUUGCGCACUCCGCGGACACCUGCCAACAAAGACGCAAUACUACAGGAAGCUCAAAAUUUAAUUGCUCUCAGUAAUGUGGAUACACCGUUAAAAGGUGGUUUAAAUACACCUUUACGCGAGAGUGGUUUCGAAGGGGCUACUCCUAAGCGUAACGUUCCUGCAACACCAAAUACACUGCUCGCUACGCCAUCUCGUACCGCAUCUGGUACUACACCUCGUGCUGGUGAGUCCGGCAUCACACCUGGUAGAACUCCAGUAAGAGAUAAGUUAAAUAUUAACCCGGAAGAUAAUUUAGAUCUAGCUGAUGAUGGAUCCGAAAGCUCUAAAAUUCAUCAGGGAGAAAUUAGAGCACAACUUCUGCAAAGUUUAUCAAAACUCCCAGCUCCUAGGAAUGACUUUGAAAUCGUUGCUCCAGAGGAUACAAUAGAAGAAGAAAAAGUUGAACAUGAAACGAUGAUAACUGAUGCGGCUGAAAUUGAUGAACGAAUACAACGUGAACAAGCGGCUGAAGAAGCGAAAUUACUUCGCCGACGAUCGCAAGCUGUACAAAGAGGUUUACCUAGGCCAUCUGAAGUUAAUGCCAGUGUUGUACGUCAAUCUCAAGACAUAACGAAUGAAUUGAUAAUGGCUGAAGAGCAAAUUAAAAAGGAAAUGUUAAGCAUGUUGUAUCAUGAUGCUGUCAAUCAUACAGCUACUAACCAAAUUAGCGGAAUACGUAGUCAUAACGCUGCAAAAGAAAAGUACCAUUAUGAGGAUAUAGCAGAAGAAGAAAUAACAACUGCAAGACAGAUCAUUGCCGAUGAAGUAGAAAAUAUAAAAAGUAGCGCAGGUUAUAGUAAUCUUUCAUUCGAUGCUUACUGUACGGUAUGGGAUGAAUGUUACAAAGAGGUACUGUAUAUACCUUCACAAGCUCGUGUAACAAGAGUAUCAAUGUCAAAUAGAAAAGAUCGGUUAGACUUUUGCGAAAAACGCCUGGAGAGUAAUCGUCAGCAAAUGACCAAAGAGGCGAAGAAAGCGAAUAAGUUAGAAAAGAAGUUGAAAGUGCUUCUUGGUGGCUACCAGGCACGUGCAGUAGCUGCACAGAAACAGCUUGCUGAGCUAAAUGAACAAUUAGAACAAACUAAUUUAGAAUGUAAAACCUUCGAACAAUUGAGAUUGCAAGAGUUGAAUGCUAUAGAAAGACGAAAAGAGGCAAUGAAAGAAAGCUUAUCACGCCAGGUAGAAAGAGAAAAAGAAUUGCAGAACAAAUAUUCCUCUUUGCUAUCACAAUUAAAUUAA